AUGCAUCAUCUACGUGAUUCGCUGCUUAGCUCUUCCCCACGGGGCACACCUUGUCUCACCACAUCACAAGCUCGCCGAAUAGACCAGGAGGAUACGCGGCAGUGCAUCGCUCGGGGAGAAUUCCAGGAAAUUCGAGGCGCGGCCUUCCACAACCGAACCUGGAUCACUACCUCCCGCUACUGCGAGGUUGGAGAUGGAGUAGAUUCCCUUGUGGAAUACAUCCAUUCCAUGUGGUAUACGUACUACCAGCUCGGACGGAAUAUCUCAUGUGAAACACCUGACCACGAGGGUCUUAUCCUCGACAUCGUCCGGAUUCAAGGACUAGGACCACUGACUCGACCGGUGCGAGGGAAUUACGGGGUUGAUAUUGCUCGAACGGUCGACGGCACGUUGUGGAAUGAUCUGCCUUUCUUAGCCACCGACAUGACUGAGUUCUGGAAUAGCGACUCUCCGACGAUGUCGGGUGCUCAUCGACUUAAUUUUGCGACUUUCCUGGCUAAACUAGCAUCGACCCGCGUCGCUAAGGAUCGACUAUGUCAGAUUGCCCUCGUUUUAUUCCGCAAUUUGUUUGAGGAGAGACAGGGACUUCGUAGCGGAGAGGAGUCAGAUGAGGAAGAUCUAAAGCGAAGCGUACAUCAGCUUGAAAUCUUCCACUUAUUGCCGGCUGCUGUGGCUUGGCUUCGCCAUGCAGGCUCUAGUCUGAUUUUACUCUCAGAAGUCUACUGGAAUGAUUGUCCUAGUGUUAUCAGCAAGGGGGGCGAGAAAUUCAUCGAGUCAGACCUUGGGCAACGGUCACCCACGGGGUUUUCACCAUGGCGAUAUAUGUACUGGCUCAAGCGACUCCAUGAAAUCCAGGAAGAGGCCAAGGAGGCCCAAGAGGGACUCUUAGAAGAGUACGCCACGGAUGCCAUUGAUUACAUGGUCAGCAGAAUCACGGAACGAAGCUCUGAAGUCUUGAGGGCAUAUCAAAACGGCGGAGAUUCCUUGCACCAGGAGAAGCAUCUGCUGUGCCUCAAGAAUCUGUUGAACGAUGGAACCAUGGACAGUGAAGACUCGGAGAAUGGCUCGAAGGAUGGAUCGCAUGAUGCCGAAGUAGAUACCAAGGCAGAUGCCAACUAG